CCGGAUCUCCUCAAUUUCAAGAAGGGGUGGAUGUCCAUCCUGGAUGAGCUGGGAGAGUGGAAGAAACAUUGGUUCGUGCUGUCCGACUCGAGCCUGAGGUAUUACCGGGACUCAAACGCGGAGGAGGCUGAUGACCUCGAUGGAGAAAUUGAUCUCCGCUCCUGCACGGAUGUGGCAGAGUUUGCAGUGCAGCGCAACUACGGCUUCCAGAUACACACAAAGGAUGCCGUCUUCACCCUGUCAGCGAUGACCUCGGGCAUCCGGCGCAACUGGAUCGAGGCCUUGAGGAAGAAUGUGCGCCCAGUCAGUGCUCCAGAUGUCACUAAGCUUUCUGACUACGAUAAGGAGAACUCCUUCCGUAACUGUGUUCCCCAGAAAUGCUCAGUCCGGCCGGAGGAGCAGCCGCGGCUGAGCUCGGGCUGCGAGGGGAACUCGAAGGGCAGUCACUGGAAGGCGGAUGGGCAGCGCCCUGCCUUUGACUAUGUAGAGCUGUCUCCCUUGCCACAGGACCCCGGGAAUCAGGGGUCCCUGCAGAGGACGAAAGGGAGCUUGAGAAUUUCCGACCGCACUCCCAAGUAUGAGGAGCUGGAGCGGGAUAUAGCCGUGCGCUCGGAGGAGAGGAGGAAAUGGUUUGAGGCUUCGGAUGUCAGGGUCCCAAACACCGAUGGCACAGCAGGAGAUUCUUCCCGCAAGGUCGGGGAGCAGGACCUCCCCACUCCUCCGCUUUCAGAGGACCAGAGGAUUCGUCUGAAUGAGGAGAUAGAGAAGAAAGGGGGCCAUGGAGACACCAGUGAGGCACUGAAAAAGGAGAUCCAGUCACUGCGGGCACAACUGGAGGCAGCAAAAUCCCAGGGAGAAAGCCAUGUGCCCCGAGGGCACAUCUCACAGGAGGCCUGUGAGCGCAGCCUGGCUGAGAUGGAGUCAUCCCACCGGCAAGUGAUGGAGGAGCUCCAGAGGCACCACCAGCGGGAGCUGGAAUGGCUGCGGCAGGAGAAGGAGCGGCUCCUGGCAGAGGAGGCAGCAGCGACAGCAGCAGCCAUCGAGGCACUGAAGAAAGCCCACCGGGAGGAGAUGAAUAGGGAGAUGGGCAGGACACGAAGUUUCCAGCAAUGCACCUCACUCCCAGAAGCCCUCCAGAAGCAGCACCAGUUGGAUGUGGAGUCCCUGAAGCGGGAGCUGCAGGCACUUUCUGAGCAGUAUUCCCAAAAGUGCCUGGAAAUCGGGGAGCUCACCCAGAAGGCAGAGGAGCGGGAACAGAUACUGCAGCGCUGUCAGCAGGAGGAGAAGAACCUUCUCCGGAAAAAUCAGGAGCUGCAGACCCGCCUCUCGGAUGAGAUUGGGAAGUGGGAGGGGGUGCCAGAUGGAGCAAUGGGGAUGGUGCUGCUGCGGGUGAAGGAGAACGAGCUCCAGUAUGUAAAGAAAGAGGUGCAGUGCCUCCGGGAGGAGCUGCAGAUGAUGCAAAAGGACAAGAGAUUUGCCUCAGGGAAAUACCAAGAUGUCUAUGCAGAGCUGAAUCACAUUAAGGUGCGCUCGCAGCGAGAGAUCGAGCAGCUGAAGGAGCACCUGCGCCUGGCCAUGGCAGCUCUGCAGGAGAAGGAGUCACUGUGCAACAGUGUCAGCAAGUAA